AUCCAAUCCAAUAAGGUCCUCGGCUCAGUCUUGUAAGUCAAAUCAUUGAUAUUGUCUGUUGAUCGUCACGAGGUCACUGGGUAUCGAACUCUAAACCAACAUCGACUUGAUUUCGACUUGAUUUACUCUGUACUCUGACUUCAACUUCCCCAAUAAUAAUAGCAAUAAACGCCAUGGCAUCUCAUUCACUUCCCGAAAGUUACGCCUCUCUAGAUCUCCCAACUCUCCAGCUCUUUCACCAUCCCCCCUCCUCAAAGGAUGUCACCCCCGUCAUAGUCAUCAAGCUUCACCGUCCCGAAGCUCGAAAUGCAUUCACCGACACCAUGGCGGCGUCUCUAUCCCACGCGCUAAACACCCUAUCGGGUGAUCCUCGCGUUCGCGCUAUAGUCCUCACCUCAUCAGAUCCAAAGAACCGCAUGUACUGCGCGGGCAUGGACUUCAACGAGGAGCACGCACUUGGUAAAGACGCCGCUGACCAUCGAGACUCGGGCGGCAUCGUUACCUUGCCCAUGUACCGUUGCAACAAACCCGUCAUCGUUGCCAUAAACGGCUCGGCUGUUGGCGUGGGCAUAACCAUGACUCUGGGUGCCAACAUCCGCGUUGUGAGCCGCGAUGCCCAAAUUGGCUUUGUGUUUGGUCGCCGUGGUUUCAGUAUGGAGGCGUGCAGCAGCUUCUUCCUCCCGCGCCUGAUAGGGACCAGCCGCGCUCUUCAUCUCACCACAACGGGCGGCGUCUACCCAGCCACGCACCGGCUUUUCGACGGACUCUUCAGCGAGAUCGUUGCCCCAGACGAGGUCCUGCCUACGGCGCUCAAGAUCGCCGAUGAGAUCGCGACUAAUGUAAGCGGUGUUUCCGCACGUGUGAUGAAAGACAUGAUCUACCGGGGCGCAUCGUCGCCCGAGGAGGCGCACCUUCUCGAGAGCAAGAUCUUUUGGGAUUUGUUUACGGGCAAAGACGCCAAGGAAGGAAUGAAGAGUUUCUUGGAGAAGAGAAAGCCAGACUUUACUGGGACCAUGGACAAGAAUGCGCCCAGCAUCUACCCGUGGUGGACACCAGUUGAUAUUGCCAGACCCAAGUUGUAGACAGUGACUCUUGCUGGAAAUGUGUGUUUGAUUGUCCUAUUGUGUUGAUAUCUUUGACGUAU